UGUGCGAUCGUUUUCUGACCUGGGUGCCUCCUGCUGCUGCAGCUCGGUAUUACCAUGGACGUACUAAUACGCUGUAGCUCAUACGCUCCGCCCCAGCGGACACACACGAAGGAUAUUGCUAGUGGCUACACACACACACACACACACACACACACACACACACACUAGCUUGAAGCGGUGUGUCUGUCUUUCGGUUUUUUUCGUCGUCCGUUCCGGUUGAUGCUGUUAACGAACAGUAUUUUGACACAUGACAUUCUAACCCCCUGUGCUAAAACCAUAACGGCUGGAUGAGUGGGCCAUUCACUUCCCCCGCUGCACAGGUGGCUGAGAUGAACCGCAUCCAUUAUGAGUUGGAGUACACAGAGGACAUCAGCCAGCGCAUGCGAAUCCCAGAGACCCUCAAGGUGGCCUCAGGGAACCAGAUGGAGUCUCAGUCACUUCAGCAGCCCCUGGCCAUUCACACAACUCUGAUGCAGGUGCCAGAGAGGAUCAUCAUAGCAGGUGAUGAUGGGGACGCUCAAUUUUCCCGUACCCGAGACUUUGACCUGAUUCAGUCCGUCCCUCCCAUGGACCUCUUGAACAUGAAGGCCCCACCGCAUAUCCUCACUCUUACAGAGCAGCCACUGGACUCCCUUGAAACCGAACCAACUGCCACUUCACAGAGCAAUCCCAGCCAGGUGGCCCACUUUCAUACUCGGUCUCGAAGGGAACGCAGUGCGAGUGAGAACGUAUCCGGCCGCCACAGCAGUCCGAUUGUCAGAGGUGAUAUGAGUGUAACCCCUUCCCCUUCUGCCCCCCCAGUCCGGUUGUGUCCCCCCCUCUGUUCCCCUGAGGAUGUGAACAUAAACUUGUUUACAGCUGCGGGGUUCCUGUCUUAUAUCCAGUCAACAACACGCCGGGCAUAUCAGCAGGUUAUCGAGGUGCUGGAUGACAACCACCGCAGGAAAGCUCCUCGGGUGAAGAGCUGUAAUGGAGGAGGAUGUUAUGGAGUUUCUGGAGCAGCAAAACAGGACAAAAAGUUCCUGAUGAAUUGCACAAGGACACACCUGGACCUGGCUCUGGAUAUAAACCCUGAUGAAUCGGGCUUAGUGGAUGCCUCCUCACUACGGCGACAGAUUGUCAAGUUGAACCGGCGUCUGCAGCUGCUGGAGGAAGAAAACAAAGAACGCUCCAAGCGAGAGGUGAUCCUGUAUUCUGCUACGGUGGCAUUCUGGCUUAUUAACACCUGGAUCUGGUUCCGUCGCUAAGAUUGGACAUGAAUGAGUCUCUCAAAACACUGGAAGCCGAAGCAAUUCCUUGUUAAAGCUGCAACCAUUUAAAUACAGUCUUUACUACAUCUAAAGGCAACCACAGGAAACUACAACAACCAUGGCAAAUGUCCUCCACCACAAUCCUUAGUGUUUCUGUAGUAAAUUCUGCGUUGUGAUUUCACUGACAAAUUUUAAACUUAGCGCUGUCAAGUUAAGACCUAAGGGCCUGUGUCCAUAUAGGGUUUUUUCUUUGGCAGAAAAGUGCCCCCACAAAUGCCCUUUUCUGUCUUUGACGGCACCCGCGCUUUUCUGAAGAGUUCAGAGAUUGUCAACUAGAAGCCCUCAGAGUGGCCGCACAAUAAACGGCGUAGCGCUCUGCCAAAAGACGCUGGGUGCAGCGCUUCUUCUCUAGGUGGUCGCAUGCAGCCACAUAUGCUGUCUUUUCAUUGGGAGCAAUUGACAAAAGACGCUGGCGCCCAGAAACAAGCACUAUGUGGACACAGGCCCUCAGGUCUUGGAGGUAAAGCUAAAGUUAGCAUAUCUCGCAUUCAAAGAUUCAUCUAUGUAUUUAAAACCUGCGUUAACCGGCAAUAUGACGAAGCACAAUGACACUACAGGCUGGAUGUUUGCGAAAAUGUUAGUACCCGCUUCGUUGUGAUGAGCUGAGGUUUGCUAUGUGGCAUCAACAACAAACACUAGUUACCUUAUUUGGCUAAAACUAGCUAUAACAUAGGUUGCUCUGAAAAAUAUAAUUUCAACUCUGUCAGUGUUGACGUUUUGAGUCUAAAGCUUUCUCCACCUCUCAAAUACUGCACUGAUGUUCACUUCUGUUACAGACAACGUAGAAUAUGUGGACCACUUUAAAGUAGCAAAGGAGUGCCUGGUAUGAAUCGGCAAGAAUCGCAAAGCCUCUCAGAUAUAUUAUGGUCAUUUUGUGCAAUUAUUACGGAUUGUACCGUUUUAAAGCUUGAUAAAUCCUUUGCAAAGCAACAACAGAUGUUAUAGUGAUGCUUACCAUCAUUCAUCUUUGUGAAAGUUAACAUUUGAAAAUGAGACUUUUUUUUUUUUAUUUAGCUUCAGGAGAAGAAUGAUUAGAGGGGAAACAAUGAUUUACUUAAGCAACAAAUGUUUUGGGAACCAAGCCAAGUUUGACAUCGAGGUUCAUCCGUUUUGUAAAAAACUACCAUUCUUAAAGUGUCAAAGUAAGAUGACUAAAAUCUAGAGAUGCCAUAACAUUUAUCCUCAAUGUCCUUUGAGUUCUGCAUCACCCAAAACAUUUGUGUACAGUACUUGAAUAGCCUUUUGUUAUAAAUGUUGUAUUUUGUCCUUUAAUGUAAAGUGUCAACAACAAUACUAAGGGUAGGGUACUAAGGGUAUUAUCUGUGCUGUAUCUACAGUUUGAGCUUGGUUUCCAGAGAAUUUGACCACUCAUGUUUUCCACUAAGUUACCUACAACAUCUGCAUGCUCUAUGGUUUUAUUCAUCAUACAGUGUGAUAUGAAUAUUACAGCUACCGUCUCUAUGAUCAUGUGUAAUAGAUGGCUCUGUAUAUAAAAUAUUGCUGUCAUUAUUUUUCCAUAAUGAAAUGAGUAUGUAUUACAUGGAGGUUUAUUUAUCACAUGUAUGCAAUGCAGAGGCCAACAAAACGUUGCAGUUAACCAUUGUUCUUUCUUUCUGUUAAGCACUGUUACUAUUACUUGGCUGAAGCUGGAGUUUUAAGUUUAGUAUUUUACUUUCUUUGUAAUAUAUGAAAACACGAUUCAUUGUUUGUGAAUAUCUUUGCUGUAAUAAAUGAUGGAUGUUAAUUUC